UACUAUGUGAAGGUCAAUAGCUGUCGUUUAUGUUACCUAUUGUAUUCUAUAUGCCUUCUAAUUAGUCUUCAGGCAGUAGCUCCUUGAAUCCUCCCCACAAUUCUUUCUCACAGGUGUCAGUUCCCCUUCUACAGAAAAGUAAUUUCUCCAGGACCCCACAGCUCAAAGGCAUAUUAAGAUGUACUCAAAAGAAGGAAAAGGGAAAAAACCCACAAACAUUCUAAACCUAGUUUUCUGCCUCUAAAACGUGUGCUCUUGAUCUCUACCUAACACGCAUGAGCUUUUGGGUAAGAAAGAAAAGCUAUAAACAUGUUUUCACUAGUGAGUAAAAUAUAGUGUAUCAGCUUAAUGACACAGAAUGAUAAUAACAGAAAAAAAAACAAGACUUGGAGUGAAGAGAACUGGUUUGGGUCUAGGUUCAUCAUUUAUGAGCCCUGUAGCCUUGAACAAGUAAUUUUACCUGCUGCAUUAGUUUUCUUUUGCUGUGUAACAAACUACCACAAAUUUUGUGGCUUAAAACGACUCCCAACCGCAGAACCCACAAUUCUGCAAGUCGGAAGUCUGGAUGGGCUCAACUGGAUUCUCUGCUUAAUUGAGGCUAAAAUCAAAGUGUUGGCGGUCUGAUCUUAUGCGCAGUUUGUAGAGAAGAAUCUGCUUUCAAGUUCAUUUAGGUUGUUGGGAAAAUCCGGUUGCUAGCGCUGCGGUCCAUGUUUUCUUAUUGGCUGUCAGCCAGGGGUCGCUCUCUGCUCCUAGAAGGCUGCCCACAUUCCAGUCACGAUUCUCUUAUGAGGUUUUUAUGAUGAUGACUAAAUGAGACGUAUUGUACACAUAGCGAUGAUGGAUGUGAUAGCUGCCUAAUGUCGCUGGGUGCAGAGGAUACCCCUCAACCCUUAAACACAGCACAUGUCUAUACAACAGGAAAUCCUACCAGGGGGCAGGUUCCGAAGUCUCGUGUAACAGAAGAGACUUCUGUUGGUCUUCCCCUACAAAGACAGAAACUGGGUUUUGCGCUGGACAAAUGUUUACUAAGUGAAGUGGACGAGAUGCGGUGAAGUGUCUGGCAUCAGUAGUGGGAAGAAUUCUAACUGGCCAUUCCGCAGUGAAAAGAAGGUGGCGAGGCUUGGGAAAGGCUAACCCCGCAGGGGGCAAAAGCACAGAAGUGGUGAGGAAUGCAGUAGGUGAGAAAUGCCUGCAUCGCCAGCGCUGUAAGCAGAGCCCCCUCAAUGGGCGGGCGCCUGUGAACGCAGGACCGCCUCCCACCCCCGCCCCCGCCCGGGCUGUGGGUACCCGUGUGGGGGACGCCGGGGGGACUGCGUGGGGGGCGCGUCUGGGCUCGGUCAGCCCCUCAUAGCCCAAUCCCCCCUCCGUGAGCUAUGCAAGUGGAGUCUCCCAGCCUGCGCCCCCUGGCUCUGGCUAACCAGCCUCAGUCCCCCCGUUGGAGCAUUUCGCCCCGAGCCUCCGAGCGCGCUGGUUGCCAGCUGCAGCUCGGAGCUUGGUUACGCAAUUACUUGCCGCGGCUGCGACCGCGGCCAAAGCCCACCCCGGCAAGGAGUGAAUUUGCCGCGAGGUUCCCGCCUCGGAAAGAGGCUUCCCUCACUGCUGGCCGAGUGCCAGAGAAGGUGUGCACGCAUCUCCCCGCCAAUACCCAACCAUGGGCAACUCCUGCUUUGGCCUCAAGGAACGGCUGAUGAAGCGGCUGCGGCCUCUGCCUACGGUGAUCGUCAUCCGUACCUGCCUGCCCCAGAGGAGGAGCAGAGAUUUCCGCGUGGUGGUGCUCGGCUCGGCCGGCGUGGGCAAGAGCGCGCUGGUGCAGAGGUGGGUGCGCGGCAACUUCCGUGAGGCGUAUCUGCCGACCAUCGAAGAUACCUACCGCCAGGCGCUGGGCUGCAGCCGCAAGGCGGGCGCGCUGCACAUCACCGACACCACCGGCGGCCGCCGCUACCGGGGCCUGCAGCGCCUCGCCAUUGCCAGGGGUCACGCCUUCAUCCUGGUCUACUCCGUCACCAAGAAGCAAACCCUGGAGGAGCUGAAGCCCCUCUAUGAGCUGAUCCGUCAACUCAAAGGCAACAACCCGCAAAAGUGCCCCAUCAUCCUGGUGGGCAACAAGUGCGAUGAGAGCCACCGGGAGGUGAGCGAGAAGGAAGGUGCCGCCUACGCGUCGGAGUGGAAUUGCGCCUUCUUGGAGACCUCCGCCAAGAUGAAUAUCAAUGUGCAGGAGCUGUUCCAGAUGCUGAUCAACUUCGAGAAGAAGCCCGCCGCCGCCGCCGCCGCCGGCGCCCAGCCUCCCCAGAAGAAAUCCCAGAUCCCCAAGACCGCCGAGAAGCUGCUGGGCAAGUGCAUCAUCAUGUGAACCCUGAGCCUUAAGGAGCCCGACCCUCUUCUCCUUCAGUGUGCUGAAAACAUGGACCGACCCCAUUGUGCUCUGUCACCUGUACAUGACUGACUUUUGUGCUGUGGUUUGGGUUGUAACAAUUAAAUGUCAAUAAAUGUCCCUUGUGAGUUAGUAACUUUUCUUUUCCCCAGGCAAGAGAACUCGAAUUGUUGAAAUAUGGACAUUGGAGGAGGAGAGGAAAAAGGAACAGGAUGCAUUUUAAAGGAUGGGACUUGGACGGACUUUAGAGAUUAAUGUUUAAGAAAGAGAAUGGAAAUAGCGAAAUGAAUUGAAAGAUGUCACUGCCCUUCUUGUAAUCCUAUUAUUGUGUAUUAUUCUUAAACAUUUCAAGUCCUGUAAAUGUCUGAUCAUAUCUUCCCAUUGUGUAUUUAAUUGUUAAGAGAGAUGUUUUUGCAACAAAAUCUCUGACAGAUGACUGUGAGACAGAGAUACUAAACAUGAUAAAGAAAUGAAUGUUCUAUAGUUGAGCAUUGAGUGUGGGAGCAGAGAAAAUUGUGAUAGUGGAACUUGCUUACUAAAUAUAUGCCAAUUGUUUCCUAAGUCAUUUAAAAAUGUUUGAGUAUUCUACACUGCAGUUUAAAAAAAUUGUAACAGUUCCGUGACUUAAUAAAGCUUUUCCUGCAUGCAA